GAGACGAGGACUGUUUGACCCACUGCCAAGAUGAAAUUAGAGUUUAAAGAUGCAUUUUGGGGAGUGGACUUCAUCAAUAAUGUCGGAUAUGAGACUAUUAUUGAGAAACUUAAUCAAGGCCGGAGGACAUGUAAAGACAUGGAGGAGCUCUUGAAAAUGAGGGCAUUAGCAGAGGAGAAAUAUGGGAAGGAUCUGGUCACCAUUGCCCGUAAGGCCGGAGGUUUACAAGAAUUCAACACUUUAAGAACAUCUAUAGAUGAUAUGAAAACACAACUUGAGAAUAUAGGAAGCCUGCACAUUCAACUCUCUAGUCUCAUCAAGGAGGAGGCGAAGAGAAUGGAGCAGUUCAGGGAGAGACAAAAAGAACAGAGGAAAAAGUAUGAAGUCAUCAUGGAGAGGGUCCAGAAAACAAAAGUCUCCCUCUACAAGAAAACAGCAGAAUCUAAAAAGUUAUAUGAGCAGCGGUGCAGGGAGGCAGAUGACGCAGAGCAAACUGCUGAGAAGCUGGGCAUGGCUCCCACAGCCACUCCUAAACAGAUUGAGAAGAUGAGCUGCAAAUCUAAACAGUGCAGAGAAGUAGCAGAGGAGGCUGAGAAACAAUACAUAUCAAACAUUGAACAGCUUGACAAGGUCCGUCAAGAAUGGGAAUCAACGCACAUUAACACAUGUGAGAUGUUUCAGCAGCAGGAAGAAGACCGCCUCAGCGUCCUGAGGAAUGCUCUAUGGGUGCACUGCAACCAGUCAUCAAUGCAGUGUGUGAGCGAUGACGAGUGCUACGAGGAGGUGAGAAAUACGCUGGAAAAAUGUGACAUCAUCGCAGACAAUAACUACUUUGUGGAGACGAGAGGAAGUGGCUCGACCCCCCCAGCUCCAAUUGAAUACCAGAAUUACUACAACAGUGAUGCUGCACAUGAGGGAAACGGCAGUGCUGGAUUUGUUGGAGUCAUUAAAAGGUUCUCAAGUCUUCUGCAGGGAAACUGUUCCUCUGGCUCCAAGAUGAACAUCAAUGAGCCAGUUGCGCAACCUACUGCAGAAACAUCAGACGGAGUAUAUGCUUCCAUUCCCGGGUCUCGGGUAUCCCAACUGAGCAGCGAGGAGUAUAAGGCCAUGUACGACUAUGUGGCACAGGGGGAAGAUGAGCUGUCUUUAUCUGUUGGGGACACGGUGAUUGUCACAGACCAAGGUCAGGAUGGUUGGUGGAUGGUACAAAGGAACAGCCUUUCAGGAUUGGUUCCUGGUUCUUACCUUGCUAAAGAAUGAGUUUACGUGACAGUCAUAUACAAAACUAUGCAAACAUUGUCAUUUAAAACUGCUAUUAUCACAUAGAAAACUGUUAUUUAUUGCUAUGGCACAUAUUCACAUGACUUUACCUUUGUAGCUGUUGUGUUGACAUGUCAGCUGCCAACUGAUGUGAUACAAAAGGUAUUAAGUUUAUUCAACUAUUGUGGACUAAAGGUCCUAAAUUGUGAUUGAUAUUGUGUGAUCUGUUGUUUCUGCAAAAACACAUACAUACAAAUGCACCCAAUGC